UUGACUGGAAUGUUUAUAACCGGCAACUUUUAAAGUUUCGGGACAAUAAUGAACAAUGAAAUGAGUAUCACAUAUUUACCUAAAUGUCCAGGGAGACUCAGCAUGAACUCUGGAGCAAUGGAAAAAGCAAUGUACUCUUCAUUAGGCCCAAACAAGUGGUAAAACCACUGAGUAAAUAGUUUGCCUUGAGGCUUUUUGUUUUAUUACCACAGACUAAGUUUAGAGUAUCUUGGACACGAUGAGUUUGAAUGCAACGUUGUUACACAGCUUAUGAUCAGUGCUUUCAGUUGGUGAGAGUCCACUAGACAGGCAUAUGAUACAGCUUGCUAACCCGCAUGUGUUUACCAACCCCCUUGUCCAAAAUGUCCUCCAAAUCAGAGUCUAUAAAGGUGGUGGUUCGUUGUCGUCCAAUGAAUGAGAAAGAAAGGGCAGCCAAUUUUGACAGUGUGGUCACAGUUGAUGUGAAAACAAGACAAAUAGCUGUCAAGAAUCCGAGAGAUUCUAUGGCCAGUAAAUCCUCAAAAGUGUUUACUUUUGAUUCAGUCUAUGACUGUAAGUCCAAGCAAAAAGAUCUAUACGAUGAAACCUUUCGGCCGCUUGUGGAUUCAGUUCUGCAAGGAUUUAACGGAACCAUUUUUGCAUAUGGACAAACUGGCACAGGGAAAACAUUCACCAUGGAGGGUAUAAGAAACGAUCCGGAAAAGAGAGGCGUUAUCCCCAACUCUUUUGUCCACAUCUUCACUCACAUUUCAAGAUCUCAGAAUCAGCAGUACUUGGUGAGAGCAUCAUAUUUGGAGAUUUAUCAAGAAGAGAUCCGAGAUUUGCUCUCCAAGGACCAAACACGACAUCUUGAGCUAAGAGAGAGGCCGGAUACUGGUGUUUAUGUGAAAAACCUGUCAUCGUUUGUCACUAGGAGUAGAGAGGAAAUUGAAAAUGUCAUGAAUGUGGGCAAUCAGAACCGUUCAGUGGGCUCUACCAACAUGAAUGAACACAGCUCUCGCUCUCACGCCAUCUUUGUAAUCACUGUAGAAUGCAGUGAAUUGGGGGUGGAUGGAGAAAACCAUAUACGAGUUGGAAAACUCAAUCUGGUGGAUCUAGCUGGCAGUGAAAGGCAGACCAAGACGGGGGCGCAGGGGGAGAGACUGAAAGAAGCGACGAAAAUCAACCUUUCACUUUCUGCUUUAGGAAACGUUAUAUCAGCUCUAGUGGAUGGCAAGAGCAGCUAUAUCCCUUAUAGAGAUUCAAAACUGACCCGCCUUUUGCAGGACUCUCUAGGGGGCAACGCCCGCACAGUCAUGGUCGCCAAUAUUGGCCCAGCCUCUUACAAUGUGGAAGAGACUUUAACAACACUGCACUAUUCAAACAGAGCCAAAAAUAUUAAGAAUACACCAUCCAUCAACGAGGACCCCAAGGACGCCCAGCUGAGGAAAUUUCAAGAGGAGAUUGCUCGACUGAAGGCCCAACUAGAGAAGCGAACAGGAAAGAAAAAUAAGAGGAGGUUAAAGAGGCGAGCUGAUGAUAGUAGUAAUGGCAAUGACCAGGAAGAGGAUAGUGUGGAGGAGGAUGAGGGUGUCAAAGAGGAUUAUUGGAGGGAGCAGCAGGAGAUCCUGGAGCGAGAGAAGAAAGCUAUCAUGGAGGAUCGCAGUCUGGUUGCUGAGGAGAAAGUUCAACUCCUAAAAGAGACAGAGAAAAAAAUGGCAGACCUGAAAAGGGAGCAGAAGGAAGGAGAGCUAUUGGCAAUCAAAAUUAAGGCAAUGGAGAGUAAACUCUUAGUUGGGGGCAAGAACAUUGUGGAUCAUACAAAUGAGCAACAAAGAAUGUUGGCGCUUAAAAGAAAAGAGAUUGCUGAACAGAAAUGGAGAGAGCGCGAGAUGCGGCAACAGAUGGUGUCUCGGGAUGAGGAGAAUCUGGAGCUAAAAGAGACCUACAGUUCUUUGCAGCAGGAAGUUGACAGUAAAACCAAAAAAAUGACAAAGUUGCUUGGCAAACUGGAGGCUCUGAAGGCAGAAAUUCAUGACAUCCAGGAGGCACAUAUUACUACACGCCAGCAACUAGAGCAAACGCAGAACGAACUCACCAGGGACCUUAAACUUAAGUCUCAGAUGAUUGAAAAUUUUAUCCCUUUGGAAGACAAGAACAAAGUAGUCUCCAGAGCUUAUUUUGAUGAAAAGGAUGAAGACUGGAAGUUGAGGCCCAUCACAUGCAUGCAGCAUAAUCCCCGGAUGAUGAGCAGGCCUCAGUCUGCAAUCGGAUUCAGAAGACCUCUCAGUCACCGCGCUCGAAUGGCCAUGAUGAUCAGCCUUGACAUGAGAUACAAAGCUGAAAACAUCUUGUUGCUUGACAUGGAUCUCCCUUCUCGGACUACCAAAAAUUAUCAGCAGCCAGUAAUCUCCCCAAAAGUGGUGGCAGCCUUGAAGGAUGCCCUUAGGGAUGAGGAUGACCUUGAGAUAGAUGCAUCAGGGUUUGACAAUAACCUUUCACCUCUCACCGGUACAAGUGGAAGUAGCAAGAAAUCCAAGUCUCAUCGAUUGAGAACAAGCAAGCAGUCGAACAGUCACACUGCUUCAUGCAGCCCUCAAAAUCUUACAUCGCCAAUUUACCCACAAUCCCGUGGGCUGGUGCCUAAGUGAAGGUGCAAUCUGUCACUAACUUUCCUUGUGCGCAUUUUAGUGCUGAAAUAUGAGCCAGCAGAGACUGAACUUCAGUGUUUGUGAAUAGUGUCCAUAGAAUAAUGUAACAAACAAAAAAUUGUGAUUGUAUUUGAACAUUGUAUUAUAUUUUAAUGAAACAUUGAUUUUUUUUUUUGCUUUCCAUCUACCUGCACAUUUAUUUUUAGAUUCCAGUGCUCCAGACUAAUUUUACAUUUUUACGGUGACAGCGGUAGAGCCAUCCCUGAAAUUUUGGGGUCGGCAGUAAUGUAGGGGCCCACAAUUGACUCUCAGUAAAUGUUCCGAUUUCUGUUCAUUUUCUCUACACUACUUAUUUAUUCAUUAUCACCAACAAAUGGACCGACUGUAGGUGUAGAGCACAAGUUUGUCAUCCCCAAAAAUGUUUUUUUUUUUUUAAUUCAAGAAUAAUCAUGUUUGAAAAAAAAAAAUCAGCCGAUUCACUGGUUGGAAAUGUGCGAGGUGGUGAAAUAUGUACUUGCAACUUGAAAUUUAGGGGUAAAAUGAUAUUAGGGUCAGUAUGGGGCUCUGAGAAUGUGUAAAUUGUGAUUUUUAGAUAUUUUUUAGUAUGUUACGUUACAUUGGAUGUUGGGAAAAAUGUUCUUGCAUGCUACAGAAAUUGGGGUCUGCGUGCUCCUGUUUCAAUUGCAGUCUUUUGCCACUGCUUCUUUUUUGCCAGGGGGUGGCAGUAUUGUCACAUAUUUUUUCCACUGAACCAAACGCUUCCCUACUCUGAUUUUACAGCCCUCGUUUUAUGUGUAUAUACUAAUGCACUGAAUUUUACAUAGACCACAGUUCAAAUUUAGAGCGACAUACCACAACCGUCUACGGGAAUGUGAUAAUCUGAUUCAAGAAACAGACACAUUGAUAAACAUUUUCUUUGAAAUUCAUUUGUCCCCGAAUAGAUCCAACUUGCUUUGGUCUGAUCGUCUGCAUGUCUGCAUCAAUACAUGCUUCCUCGCAAGGGCGUAGGUUUGCAUAGGGACGGUAGGGACAUAACACUACCAACUUUUCAGGAGCCUUAUUUUCAUUAUACAAUGAGUUCAGCAGUAAAGGUCAUUUAGAUUGUCUUCCCAUGUGUUGUUAAGAUAAAAUUGACCCUACCAUUAUUAAGUGAAUUACUUUCAUUAUAUUCGGACUUAGAUUGACCCCUUUUCACUUGCUAUUUAGUAGAGAUGUCCCGAUCAUGUCAUUUUCAAAGUAUCGGAAUCGGCCAAAAAAAUA